UACAAGUAUCGUGUCGAGGAUGAAUGUUCUCAGGCUCGAACCUCGGCAGACAAAGGCGUGGUAGCAGGAGACGUGAAAUCCCAGGUGGACUUUGGUGCGAGACAAACCAACAAGCGUGCACAACUGACAAGACACUUUCGCAACCAUAUUCAUUGGUCGAACCGAACGAAGACACCUUUCAUUUCGACGUACGAUGACUACCAAGCCGCAUACGAAGAGGCAUGGCGAAGAAAGAGACGAGGUAGGAAGAAUGUC